GACUGACCCCUGCUCCUUCCUUGCAGAAACACAGGGCAGACCCCGUCGGUCGCUCUUGCCAGCUCAGGGCCUCAGGCUUGCCAACAACUCUGGCCGCCCCCCCCUCUCGAACCCCGUUUUCUACCUCUUCUCUUCAACCCCCCCGACGGUUGCCUCUGGUCUGUAGCCAACUCAGUUCUCGCACUGCUUUCAUUUCCUCGUCGCUUGACAUCAAUCUGUCACGGCUGAACUGGAUCCUUUCGACGCUUUAAUCUCUACGUCGACGAACCGUACAGUAUCGCAGCCAUGUCGAGACAACCCCGCAGCCACGGCGCGGCACCUACCGCUGCCUCACGCCAGAAUGAAUACUUCGUGCCUCGCGACGGCAUCGAUCGCGAAGUCAUCUCGGCAGAUGUGUGUCGCUACCUUGGGAACGAUGCUCUGGUUCGACCUGGUCACUACGAGGAUCCUCAAACUGGACAAGUUGUUCAGGGUUACUACAUCACGGCGUACCGAAACUUGACAACCGCAAUGAUCGAAGACUUGAAGGCCGACUCUGCGCGCUGGGAUAACGAACGCCGCGCGCAGACGUCGCGCAACACUGCUGGAGGUAUAUUUACCUCGAGAUCUGCCUCCGGCGUACCUGCCAGAUCAACAUCUAACUCACCCAUAGUGCAGUACCGCAUGUCCGAGACGCACCACUCGAGGCAAUACCAUGGACCAACCGAAGGACCCGUGCAACAGGACCCUUAUGCUCGUGAAUCUGCCUUGAAUGGACCCAGAUACCCUGGAACUGGUACUCCUGGCUAUACCGGUGCCGCUGGCGGGUACCAACAACAGCCUGGAUAUGCUCCCCCUAGUGGCGGAGGCUAUGGUGGCUACCAACAGCCCCCCUCACAGUCUCCUCAGCCGGAUCCUAGAUAUGGAAACUCUUACCAGCCGGCGCCGUCGUCGGGAAUGGACCGUGGAUUUUCCAACGCUCAGGACAACCAAUCUCCGUACAUCCACACUGGAUCAAACAUGACAAGCCGAGGAUACCCUCCCAAUGACGGCUAUUCCGGACAAAGAUUGCCUUCUUCAUCGGGUGCUCCUCAGCAACCCAUCUAUGCCUCGGCCCCUCCAUCUCAGACUGGUUAUACCACUACUUCACCUUACCAGCAGUACCCCCAACAUGCAUCUGGCAACCAGCCAUACCAAUCGAUGCACCCUGCGGAAGCUGCCGCUUAUGGCCGAGGUAAGUAGCCGGCGAGCUCCACCAGCCAACCUCUUCCCACGUUUUCUGCUUCAGUCGUCUGAUGAUUUAGCGUCAGCCUCGCCCGCAGGUCAAGGAGCUCCUCAACCACCUCCCGGUUUCUCACAAGGUCCCUCGUAUGGUGAGACUCCUAGCAACCGGACUUCUGUACCC